AUGGCUCAUGAAUACCUAGUACUCCUGGAGGCAAGGUCACGCGCCUUCCUAUCCUGUCAAAGUCCUAGUCUAGCUCGCAAUCUAGGAGCUUUCCCGCAAGAAAGUGAGUCGAGUGUUCCAUUUCGGGCUAAGAGGAUAGAACUUCCAACCUUGCCUGUUCCCACCUUUCGAGAAACAUCUGGGAAUGGGAUAAUUUUUGUGCGCUCAAGGGUGGAGCACUCGCGGCCAUCAAGAAAUUCCAAGUAUCGCCUGAAAACUAUCCUAAGGCUGUUCCUAACUCCUAAAUAUGGGAAUUCGGAGGAAUUGGUGAAUCAUCUUAUAACCAAAAUAGAUAAGAUGCAGCUACGGUCCCCUUCACUGAAGGUUCAAGCGCGUAUUUUUCGAGGAGCUCCAAGCUAUAGUUGCCUCAAGCUAAAAGAAAAGGGAGAACACGUUAACAGCCAAUGGCUUAUUAAGCAAGUACUGUCCAAGGAACUCGCUAAACAAGGCGGCAAAAUGAAUAUUAAUGGAGAAAACGUAAAUCUAUCUGCUUUACCGAAAAUGAGGACUUUCCGAUCAACGUCAUUGAAGAUACUGAAAGUCUCCCUAGCUAUAAACGCCUUGAAAGAUGAAGGAAAAUGUGUGGGAUAG